CUUUUCUUCUUCUUUUCCCUCCUGGUCUCCCACUCUCUCUCUCUGUCUCAGUUAUUACAGCGAGGGAGCUCUUUGAAUGUGGGGGUCCACACCUAUACUUUGUGAAGGGAAGGGAGAGGAGAGUCCCUUUGCAUUAUGCCGUCGUGAACGGGGAGCUCCAGUCAUGAAGGUACUGCUCUCCGCUUCGCCUGAGUCCGUCGAAGAGACAACCGCCUGAGAGGAGACGGCGCUUCACCUCGCCGUGAAGUAGUACUGGUUUGACGCGGUCGUUUUGUUGGUGGAGCUUCUGAAGCAUCACAAGAAGGAGCAGGUGAUCAAUCGGAAGGACAACAAAGGCAACACCGUCUUGCAUCUCGCUGCAGAUGUGUGCGCCUCGAACGAAGAGAUUUGACGCCUCUAGAUGUCUCAUUCCUCUGGUAAAGCGGAGAAGGAGAUAGGGAGAUGAGAGAAAUUCACGCACAAACUGGAGCCAAACAUGGAAGAGGAAGAUCAAACACGCCCGCUUCAUCAAGUCUCGGUGGACGACAACGACAUCAAGGGAGCUAACAGUCAUCAAUCAGAUGGGGAACGAGCAACGAAUGCUCCUCAAUCAUCAUCACGUUUGCCAUCGAAAAAUUUGAAAAAACAAAAAGCGUCAAUGGGCAACAUACGCAACGCCCUGCUGGUUAUCGCCGCGCUUAUCGCUGGCACCACCUACCAAGCCGUGCUUCAGCCACCAAGCUUUAUUACAAAAGUCAAUAAAAAUUCCACGAAAGGCUUCCAGGGAUACUAUGCAUCUUGGAUAGCUGGUCCUCUUGGCAGGGACUUCGCGUACAUCGUCUUCAUGAGAGGCAACACAUUCGGGUUCUUGGUGUCGGUCCAGAUGAUCAUUUGCCUCACCAGAGAUCUCCCUGUUAGGCUGCCGCUGUUACUCUCCGUGGCCGCAAUGGUUCAAACUUACUAUUGCGUCACGUAUUACCUGCUGUUCACGUUACUUGACAAAGCGUUGGGUCUGCAAAACGUGGAAUUGUUGAGUGCGCUGCCGCUAACGACAUCAGUUCUUCUUCUAUUGAUACAGAGGCGAUUGGCGCAAGCUUUAAAUUUCUACUUGGAAAGGCUUUCUCUGUUUAACCUCCUAGGGGAUAUGUACCGUCUAAAGACCUAAUUCGUCAUUGUUAAUGAUGGUAUAUCUCUUUCCUUGCGGUUGAGCUAAGAAAUGCAAGCCUUUAGCAGUAUUGGAUGGAGUUUGUGUGACAAGGUCAGAUAUUGAUUUCCUGUCCUUAAUUCUCUGCAGUUGAUUGUGUAAUGUACCCGAGGGAUUCACUGUAUCGUAAUUUCCUUAUAAUAUGUGUUCUCAGUUAAUGUCCUCGAUA